UCCAACCCCAAAUCUGAUCUCAUUGUGAUUUCAUUCACUAAUGCCUCAUCGCAAUCAAAUUCCGUAACCGCCAUUGAUCAAAAUCGUCGUCGUUCGUUCUGAAUUACAUUGAAUCAGUAAAAUUGAUCGAGCGGCGGACGGUUGCCGGUAUGAUCAGUCGGAGAUGAGUUGUCUGUGAGAGUUUGGCAGCUGGCCGGAAUGAGAGGGAGCUCUUCGAGGCGGCCGGAGACGCAGCGGCUCCGGCAAUGGACGGCGCUCGGAUCGAUGAAGAUCAAGAUUAUUCUGCUGUUUUGCUGCAUCGGAUUCGCCGUCGUCGUCUUCGCCGCCCGCGCCCCCAAUCUCGUCGUCUGGACCGCCGGCCGCCUUAUGGUGGAACCCUUCUCUCUGCCGCGGAAACGUUAUGCGAUUCUAAUCAACACAUGGAAAAGAUACGAUCUCUUGAAGCAGUCCAUUUUUCACUACUCAACAUGUUUGGGAGUUGAGUCAAUACAUAUAGUAUGGAGCGAACCAGAGCCUCCAUCAGAAUCUCUAGUAACUUUCCUGCGACAGAGGGCGAAGGAGAAUUCCCGACGACACGGGCGAGAACUAGAAGACGAGUUGAGAUUUGAAAUCAACGAAGAAGAUAGCUUGAACAAUAGGUUUAAGGAAAUAAAGGGUUUGAAGACAGAGGCCAUAUUUUCAGUAGAUGAUGAUGUUAUAUUUCCUUGUUCUACGGUGGAGUUUGCUUUUAGUGUUUGGCAAAGCGCGCCUGAGACCAUGGUUGGGUUUGUUCCUCGCAUGCAUUGGCCCGAUCACUCGGAGGGAGAAAUGGGAAGAUUUAGGUAUGGGGGAUGGUGGUCAGUGUGGUGGAGUGGCACAUACAGUAUGGUGCUAUCAAAGGCUGCAUUUUUUCACUCCAAAUAUUUGGCUAUUUACUCUAACAACAUGCCUGCUUCCAUCAGAGACUAUGUUUCCAAAAACAGGAACUGUGAAGACAUUGCAAUGUCUUUUCUUGUGGCCAAUGUAAGUGGUACUCCCCCUAUAUGGGUCAAAGGCAAGAUAUUUGAAAUAGGGUCGAGUGGAAUUAGUAGCUUAGGAGGUCACAAUGAAAGAAGAAGCGAAUGUGUCAAUAGAUUUGUUGAAGAGUAUGGUGGAAUGCCAUUGCUACCUUCAACUGUGAAGGCUGUUGAUAGUCGCUACACUUGGUUUUGGUAGAAUGGAUUGAGUCUCUGCCAUGAAAAAUUAUUGAAAGUGAUCAUCAUAACGACAAAACAUAGUUGUCAUAUUUAUAAGUUAGAUAUUCCAGCCCCAUCAAAAUGGAUAUAAGGAUUGCCAUACCGUGACAGCAAUGUCGAAGAAUUUCUCUACUAUCAGAGGAUUUUGAAGGUUACCCACCUUUUUGUCUGAGUUCAGUUUAGUUAAGUCCUUGUCCCCUCAAAUAUAUGAUGAUUUGAACAAACAUUCAGUUUUAGUUGAACAUUUUGUAGAAAUUAUAGCUUUUCUAUUGUAGAAGAAAACAUCUGAUUGCCUAAUUGAUGAUUGAUGGUGAUCUUACGCCCA